AUGUCCAACUUUGACAACGAUAAUAACGAAUUGGAGAUGCUACGGCCUGCAAUCAAUGGCGAGAUGCUACUCGAGCUGACCCCGCGUCCAGCAAUUGAUGAAUCACCAAAUCGACCAUUACAAAAGAUCGCCAGAACGACCAGCGUGCCGGCGCUGCGUUGCUGGCAAGUUCACAUGUCAAGGAUAUGGCACGCGACUGACCUGGCUCUCGCCCACGGGAACAGGAACAUCAAGCAGUGGUGGCCGGCGUCGGCCGAGGACAAAGGCCAGCUCCUCAUCGCAGAACCCUUCACAAUCGCCGAAUCAAGGGAUAUCUACAGCUGUUGA